AUGGGGCGGCCGCUUUCCUCUGGAACCUGCCUUCUCCUCUGCCUCCUCGCCCAGCUUGCCGCUGCAGCCUCUGGUGACCAGGGACGCGUGGGACAGUGGGAUGCUGAGAAGACCCCGGGCUACUGGAAUAAAGGUGCCAGGAGGAGGCUGGAGUUGGCCCUGGCUUUGCAGCCAGCAGCACAGCGGGCCAAAAACAUCAUCCUCUUCAUGGGUGACGGCAUGGGGCUGUCCACCAUGUCAGCAGCUCGGAUCUACAAGGGGCAGCUGGCCGGUGGCUCGGGCGAGGAGAGCGUCUUGACCAUGGAGACCUUUCCCCAUGUGGCCCUGGCCAAGACCUACACCAUCGACCGGCAGGUGCCCGACAGCGCUGGCACGGGCACCGCCUACCUCUGUGGGGUGAAGGCCAAUGCCAAGACCCUGGGCCUGAGCGGGGCAGCCGUCUAUGGGAAAUGCCACACCACCUUUGGCAACGAGGUGGACUCUGUCCUGCACCGGGCCAGGCUGGCAGGCAAGUCUGUGGGCAUCGUGACGACCACGCGGGUGCAGCACGCGUCCCCCGGGGCAGCCUACGCGCACUCGGCCAGCCGGAGCUGGUACGCUGACGCCAACAUGCCCAGGGAGGCCCUGCAGGACGGCUGCAAGGACAUCGCCUACCAGCUGGUGCACAACACUGACAUCAACGUGAUCCUGGGCGGCGGGAGGAUGUACAUGACCCCCAGGCACACUCCAGACCCUGAGUAUCCAGAGGACCCGCAUCAAAAUGGCACCAGGAAGGACGGUCGGGACUUGAUUGCUGAGUGGCUGAGUGCCAAGCAGGGUGCCCACUAUGUCUGGGACAAGAAGGGCCUGGAUGCGGUCAAAGACGACUCUGUGAGCCACCUUAUGGGCCUCUUCGAGCCCAAGGACAUGAAGUAUGAGCUGAACCGCAACACAUCCACAGACCCCUCCAUCGUGGAGAUGACAGAAAAGGCCAUCCGCAUCCUGCGCAGGAACCCCAAGGGCUUCUUCCUCUUUGUGGAAGGUGGCAGAAUUGACCAUGGCCACCACAGUGGCCGAGCCAAGCAGGCGCUGAUGGAGGCCGUGAUGCUGGACCGGGCGGUGGCACGGGCAGGAGAGCUCACGUCCCCUGCUGACACCCUGACCGUGGUAACGGCCGAUCACUCUCAUGUCUUCACUUUUGGGGGCAGCACACCACGAGGCAACUCCAUCUUUGGGCUGGCCCCCAAGAAAGCCAAGGACAAGCGAGCCUACACCAGCAUCCUCUAUGGCAACGGUCCUGGCUACAGCAUCCGUGAUGGGGCCCGUCCAGCUGCCAGCCUCCCUGCUGCAGGUACCAAGGACAAGGACUACAGACAGCAGGCAGCUGUGCCCCUGGAGACAGAGACUCACAGUGGGGAAGACGUGGUGGUGCUGGCCCAGGGCCCCAUGGCCCACCUGUUCCACGGGGUGCAGGAGCAGCACUACAUCGCCCACGCCAUGGCCUACGCCGCCUGCCUCGAGCCCUAUGCCACAGAGCCCGGGUGCAUGGCAAACCGCAGGGCCUCCCAUGGCCCACGGUGCUCCCCACAGCCCCUGCUGGCCCUCCUGGGCCUCUGCAUGGCAGCCCUCACAGGGAGGCACUGAGAGGCUCUGGCUGAGUCCCACUGUGGGCAGGACCAAGGGAUGCAAUAAACACAGGUUGCUUGUCUCCAUCUGCCCUGCAAAAGUUCUCAGUGGCCAUCACCUCCUGAGGUGCUGCCCUGUGCCUGCC